AUGACAUCGACUCAACCUUCUCCGCUGGUAUUGGGCGGUGCAGGUUUCAGUUACCAGCUUAACCCAAACCCCGAAUCCCUUCCAAUUGUCGACAUUCUUCUACGCGCUUUCGAUCUUGGCCUGCACACUAUUGACACUUCUCCGUACUAUGAGCCGUCAGAACAGCUCAUAGGAGCAGCCCUUUCUGACUCUCGCAUUACUUCCAAAUACCAGCGAGCCGAUUAUGAGAUCAUGACUAAAGUUGGCCGCAUCAAGGAAAACGAGUUCAACUACUCGCCAGAUUGGAUCCGCAAGUCCGUUGCACGAUCGUUGGAGCGCUUCAAGACGACGUAUUUGGAUGUUGUCUUUUGUCACGAUGUCGAAUAUGUUUCGAAAGACGAGGUAGUGACUGCUGUUGGUGUGCUCCUAGAGUUUCAGCGCGCAGGUGUUGUUUUGCGUGUCGGCAUUUCAGGCUAUGACAUCGAUGUCCUAGCCGAAGUUGCCACGCUCGCUCAACAGCGUUACGGGCGACCUGUGGAUGUUAUUCAGACAUGGGCUCAGCUCACCCUUCAAAAUACACAAGCAGAAACCCGAGGUUUCGCUCGGUUCCGCGCCGCUGGUGUAAAGUCGGUCUUUUGCUCAAGCCCUUUGGCAGUUGGGCUCCUCAGGACUGGCGGCAUUCCUGUAGGCUUAACCGGCGAUUGGCACCCUGCGCCUCAAGGCUUGAGGGCUGCGGCGGCUGAAGCAGCGCAGUGGGUAGAUGAGCAUGGGAAUGGGGAGACUCUUGCAUUCCUCGCGAUGCAAUUUGCUAUUCUGAAGGCCACUCAGAAUUCUACUGCUUCAUUUGAGGUAUCUACGAUAACGGGAAUCAGCACUUUGUCUGAGUUGGAACAGAAUGUAGCGGCUGCUAAGGCAAUUCUCAAAUCGGCAAAUGCAUCUGAGAGUUUGCAGGACUAUACUGAGUUGGAUUCGCAAGCAGUGAAGAGUCGGUCGGCACUUUAUGAGCGUGUUCAAGCAAUUAUUGGCACUUGGAUAGACUAUGACUUCACAGCGAAAAAAGUAAAGGAAUAA